AUGUCAAUUUCAGGUGUCGUAAAAUUGGGAAAGCCUUCAAAAAAGGCAAUUUUUUCAAUGACAGACUCUGCAUUAAAAAGAGUGAAAGAGAUUAUGAAUGAUAAGAAAAUAGAUAAUUGUAUUGGUCUUAGAUUAGGUAUUAAAGAAAGAGGUUGCUCUGGUAUGUCAUACACCUUAGACUUUGCAACUCAAAAGAAUAAAUUUGAUGAAACUGUUGUUGCUGACAAAGAUAUCAAUAUUAUAGUAGAUUCAAAAGCAUUAUUAUCAGUUAUAGGUACAGAGAUGGAUUACAUUGAAGAACCAAUUAAAAAAGAAUUUAUAUUUAUUAAUCCAAAUGCAACAAAUACAUGUGGUUGUGGAGAAUCCUUUACCACUAAAGAUUUUUCAAUACCUGACUUAAAACUACCAAAAAAGAAUUAA